AUGCCGCCAGUGGGAGCUGCUCUGUGGCGCUCGCUGCGUGCCCACCAGGUCUACGGCGCCAACACCGAUGUCGGCAAGACUAUAGUCUCGACGGUGCUCUGCAACGCCGUCCAGCGCCAGAAGACCCAGGGACAGGCUGCAUUCCUGAAACCAGUCUCAACCGGCCCUCUAGACGAUGCGGAUGAUCGCCACAUCCAGCGCUACGCCGCAGGCACCAUCACCAAAUGUCUAUAUCAAUUCAACGAGCCCGUCAGCCCGCAUCUCGCCGUGCAAGGCUUCUCUGUACCCCCCGACGAUGAUAUCAUCACGUCCGUCCACUCGACCCUCUCCGACUGGGCGAGCAACGGCGUCAACUUCGCCCUGGUAGAGACCGCCGGCGGCGUGCAUUCGCCCGGACCAAAUGGAAACUCCCAGGCAGAUCUCUACCGGCCGCUGCGGCUGCCAAUCGUGCUGGUCGCCGACUCUCGCCUGGGCGGGAUUUCCUCGUCCAUCUCCGCGUACGAGUCGCUGUUGCUGCGGGGCUACGACGUCCACUCUGUCCUGCUCUUCCGCGACGACUACUACAAAAACCACGAGUAUCUGCGCGACUACUUCCAGAAAAAGAGCAUCCCGUUGCUGCCGCUACCUGCGCCGCCCGCGCGACCGGCGGUCCAAGAUCCAGACGCCGCCGCGCGCGAUGCCGAGGCUAUGGCUGAGUACUACCACCGCGUCGCGCAGGGCACCGACACAGCCGGACUGCUGGAGGAGCUGGCGACGAAGAACGCGAGCCGCAUCGAGCGUCUCGAGGCGAUGGCCGGUCGCGCCCACGAUGCCAUCUGGUACCCGUUCACGCAGCACCACGGCAUGGCGCCCAAGGACAUCACGCCGAUCGACUCGGCCUACGACGACUACUUCCAGACCUACGCGGGGGGCAAGCUGCAGGCGACGUUUGAUGGGUCGGCGUCCUGGUGGACGCAGGGCCUGGGCCAUGGCAACCCCGAGCUGGCGCUGUCCGCGGCCUACGCGGCCGGCCGCUACGGGCACGUCAUGUUCCCCGGGAACAUCCACGAGCCGGCGCUGACGCUCGCGGAGACGCUGCUCAAUGAGAUGGGCAACCCGCGUCUGGGUAAGGUGUUCUACACGGACAAUGGGAGUACGGGCAUGGAGGUCGCGGUGAAGAUGGGCCUGCGGGCGGCGUGUGCGCGCUACGGAUGGGACGCCAGCGCCGAGCAGAUCAGCAUCCUCGGGCUCAAGGGCAGCUACCAUGGGGAUACCAUUGGGGUGAUGGACUGCUCAGAGCCGUCGACGUACAACAAAAAGGUCGAGUGGUACCGCGGGCGCGGGUACUGGUUUGAUUUCCCGCAGGUCAAGAUGGCGCAGGGGGUGUGGAAGAUCCAGAUGCCACCCGAGGUGGACGGCGCAUUAGGCGCGGACCUGGAAUUCCCUACGCUGAGCAGCGUCUUUGAUGUGGAGGAGCGGGUGCAGUCGGACGCCGGGAAACGCUAUCACAAGUACAUCCGACGCACGAUCGAGGGCCUGGUGCGCGAGCAGGGGAUGAAAUUCGGAUCGCUCAUUAUGGAGCCCGUCAUUCUGGGCGCUGGGGGCAUGCUCUUCUGUGACCCCCUCUUCCAGCGCUGUCUGGCCGACGUCGUCCGCGGGCAUCCAGAACUCUUCGCCGCUAACGCCGCCGCCGCCCCCCGCGGAGAAGACUCCUGGUCUGGCCUCCCGGUGAUCCUGGACGAGGUCUUUACAGGUCUCUACCGGCUCGGGCGCCGAUCCUCCGCGUCGUUCCUGAACAUCGACAGCGACAUUGUGGUCAACGCCAAGCUGCUCACCGGGGGCCUGGUGCCGCUGUGCACGACCAUGGCCAGCAACGAGAUCUUCGCGGCGUUUUCCAGCCCGGAAAAGAGCGACGCGCUCCUGCAUGGCCAUAGCUACACCGCCCAUGCGGUGGGCUGCCAGGUGGCGGUGGAUUCGCUCCGGACGAUGAUGCAGAUGGAGCGCCGUGGGGCCUGGGACGCCUACCGUCGGGAUUGGCAGUCGACUGCGGCCAUGGCCAGCGAGGCCUCCCGCUGCGGGGAUGCCCCUGAGGUCUGGAGUGUGUGGUCGCAGGGGCUGGUGAAGGAUCUGUCGUUUGCGCCGGGGGUGGAGGGGGUGUUUGCCAUUGGGACGGUGUUGGUGAUUGCGUUGAAGGAUGCGCAUGGCGGUGGAUACACUUCGACGGCGGCCAAGGGUCUCCAAGAGAUCCUUCUGACGGGUGGCCCAGGCUUCAACGUUCAUUCCCGGGUGCUCGGAAACGUGCUCUACCUAAUGUCUAGUGUGACCUCCAGGCCCGAGGCACUGCGGGUGAUUGAGGAGCGGCUGCGGGCGGGCUUGGUAGGGUAG